ACAAUAGGAAAAAGAAAAUGUGACAAUCUGUAGAAGAGAGGAUAAGAACAACAAAGGAAAAAAAGAAAACAGGACCCUCUCUGUCAGUGUGUCAACUUCCUUUCUGGCCAUUCCAGAACAAUCCCCAAAAUCCUACUACCCUCCUUAAUAGUUUAAUAUUCUUCUAAUAAUGACACUUGUUUAAACCACUAUUAACACAAUUAUUAUGUGGAACUUUAAUUUUUAUUUUUAAAAAAGGUAAUAUUUUUAUUAGAAAAAGAGGUGGCAUAUUAUACCGUUGGCUAAAUUACAAGCUUAUCUGCUAUAAAGUCCCAUUCUUUCUUCAGUACACAGACACCUUUGCUUGAGAGUCUGAGAAAGAGAGUAAAAGAGAUAUUUUUUAUUUUUGAGUUCUUUCAAAAAUGGAGGGUAAGGAAGAGGAUGUUAGGCUGGGAGCUAACAAGUACUCAGAGAGACAACCCAUUGGAACAUCAGCUCAGACAGACAAAGACUACAAGGAACCACCACCAGCUCCUUUGUUUGAGCCAGGAGAGCUCUCAUCAUGGUCUUUUUACAGAGCUGGAAUUGCAGAGUUCAUUGCUACUUUCUUGUUCCUUUACAUCACUGUCUUGACUGUAAUGGGUGUAAACAAGUCUGGUAGUAAGUGCUCUACUGUGGGAAUCCAAGGAAUUGCUUGGGCCUUUGGUGGUAUGAUUUUUGCCCUUGUCUACUGCACUGCUGGUAUCUCAGGUGGACACAUCAAUCCAGCUGUGACUUUUGGACUCUUCUUGGCAAGAAAGCUCUCCCUCACAAGAGCUGUUUUUUACAUUAUCAUGCAGUGCCUUGGUGCCAUCUGUGGUGCUGGUGUUGUAAAGGGCUUUGAGAAUGCCUCAACUUUUGAAAGGUUGGGAGGUGGAGCUAAUGUUGUUAACGCUGGCUACACCAAGGGUGAUGGUCUUGGUGCUGAGAUUAUUGGCACCUUUGUCCUUGUCUACACUGUGUUCUCAGCCACUGAUGCCAAGAGAAACGCCAGAGACUCUCAUGUCCCUAUCUUGGCUCCUUUGCCAAUUGGGUUUGCAGUGUUCUUAGUUCACUUGGCAACUAUCCCCAUAACUGGAACUGGAAUCAACCCUGCAAGGAGUCUUGGAGCUGCAAUCAUCUUCAACAAGGACCAUGCUUGGGAUGACCAUUGGAUCUUCUGGGUUGGGCCCUUCAUUGGAGCUGCUCUUGCUGCUGUAUACCACCAGAUAGUCAUCAGAGCCAUUCCUUUCAAGUCCAGGGCUUGAUUUUCAAUCUCUUUCGAGUGUUGAGACACCUACUAGUUUUUUCUUUUCUUUCUUUUUCAUCUUUCUUCUCCUUUCUUUUCUGAGUCCUCUUACUUUUGUGUAUUGUAUUUUGGUGGUAGUGUGUUAAUUUGUGUGUACAUUAUUGAAUAUUUAUGAUGAAUUUUUUUUUUUUUUAACUAUUUAUUUAGAGUUUCAGACUA